GCCAAUCAGAGCUACCUUUUACACGUGACCAGCUGUGUCCAAUCACAACUGAUCACAGUGACAUCUACGCUGAUCCUCAGGACACUGAUCAUCAGUGCCCUGAAGAUCAGUAUAGCCCCAUCAGUGUGGCCAAUAGUGCCCAUCAGUGCCCAUCUUUGCUGGCUAUCACUGUCCAUUUCUGCUGGCUUUUAGUGCCUGCUCGGUGAUGCCUGUUGGUGCCCAUCAGUGAUGCCUGUCAGUGCCCAUCAGUGCCGCCUAUCAGUACCCAUCAGUGCCGGCUUUCAAUGCCCAUCAGUUCUUCCUAUCAGUGCCCAUCAGUGCUGCCUAUCAUUUAGACUCAUCAGUGCCUCCUCAUCAGUGCCCAUCAGUGCAGCCUAUCAGUGCCCAUCAGUGCAGCCUAACAUUGCCCAUCAGUGCAGCCUUAUCAGAGCACAUCACUGA